GAACCAAAGCUGCAGCCAGCAGCCAGCAUCCACUCGGCGCAUCCACACAGCAACUCGCACAACCCUUACCCCCCUUCGACGCGUUUAGGUCGAGCGGCGCCGCUCACAGCGUACUAUUCGGCAUGUCCACGGCCGACUACGUGCAAAAGUAUGCGCGGCGGCGCGCACAGCUCUCGACCGUCGAGAAGUACUGGCUCGACGAGGCGAAUCGCCCGCCGGGACAGCUCGACUCGUCGCUCAAGAAGCACACUACCCUCCUGAACCGCCUCAAGGCGGCGCUGCUCGUCGGCCCCGCAGAUACGCUCAUCAAGGAAAUAGACGGCCUCGUGCUCACAAAGUACCUCGAGGAGAUUGUCGCCGCCGUCGUCGAGGGCGCCAGCCGUGGUCGCGGCGACCCGGAGAUUGCAGUGGAAGUUAUCGUCCACCUCCAUACUCGCCUCGCGCCCGAGUUCUUCCCAUUACUCCUCCCCCCGCUGUUAGCGAUAUUAGCACCCCCGCCACCGCCGGCCAAGGAUGCGAGCGAGAAGGACCGCGAGAAGGACGACAAGGAACGCAUCACGCGUCAACGUCCGGUCCUGCGAAUCGUUUCGGAGCUCGCCCUUCUCGGCGCAUGGCCUGAAGGCGCGCUCAAGGGCGGCACCGAGGUCGGCAAGGUGCUCAAGACUCUGAUGUCAAACGAUCCCCAGUACAGCAACAUGCCGCUGCUUGCCACCUUCCUCAAGAGCUACAACCGCGCAUACCUCGGCCCCCAACCUCCGGCUGACGGCUCGGCAGCAGAAGUGCUCCCCGCCGGAGUGGAGGAGCUCAUGCCUGCAGAGGUGCAGAAGAGCAUGCGCGCGCUGUUUACGACCUACUUCCAGACGGCGAGCAAGACGCUGGUCAAGGGGCAAAUGAAACUCCUCGAGCAGGACAAGCGUAACCACGAUGCGUACAUCAAGUCGGGAGAGAUCUUCGAGGACAGGCAGAACGCCUACGAGCGUAUGACUCGGGCUGUCGAGCGUCUGACGACUGGCGUCCAAGGCCUCGCCGACCUCCUGGGCCUCAGUCCACCCGUCCUUCCGACCGCCGCUUCAUUAGCAAAGUCGGGCCUUCAGAUCGUCAACUCGACAUCAUCGUUCACCGUGCGUGACGACGGCGUCGGGAAUGGCAUCUGGGACGACGAAGAGGAACGCAAGUUUUACGAGCAGAUUCCAGAUCUCAUCGACCUCGUCCCCCCUGCCCUCCUCGGCAUCAAGGAGAAGUCUGCCGCCGCCAAGGAGUCACCCAAGGCUGAGGGCGAGGAGGAUCAGCCCGCCGAGGAGGAAGCGAUCGACGAGGAUGCCGAGGCCCAGAAGCGAGACGAGGAGGAUAUCCGCCGCCAACUCGCCCAGCUUGAGCUUGAGCCAGCUGAGGAGCCGAAGGAGCCAACCAGCAGUGUCACUAUGGACCGCAAUGCGUCGGCAAUUUCAGAUACGUCCGGGACCCACUCCAGCCCGCAUGUCGACGAGGAGCCAGCAAUCGAUCCCUUAGCAGACACAGGGGCAGCAGAGGAAGACGGCCUGUCGUCCGGCCCUGCGGCUCGUCUGGCGGCGUUGUUCGCCCAACUCCCAGAAGCGGUCAAUCGCGAGAUGGUCGACAAGCUGGCCAUCGAGUUUGCGUUCCUCAACUCCAAGGCUGCCCGACGCCGUCUUGUCAAGUUUAUUGGAUCAGUGCCCAAGAACCGCACCGACCUGCUCCCUCACUACGCCCGCUUCAUCGCCGUUCUCGACAAGUAUAUGCCCGACGUUGGCUCUGGAGUGCUCGACAUUCUCGACGAAGAGAUGCGAUACCUCCAGCGUAAGCGCGCCAUCCGCGAGCUCGACAGUGUCCGUCUGAAGAACGUCCGCUUCUACGGCGAGCUCGCAAAGUUCAAGGUUGCACGGCCGUACGCCAUCCUGCAUGUUCUCAAAGUUUUCCUCGACGACUUCAAGUUUAAUGUCGAGAACAUUGCCAACCUGCUAGAGACCUGCGGCCGCUUCCUGCUACGCAACGAGGGCACGGCUGAAACGGCCAAGAGCAUGGUCGAGUUGAUGCGCCGAAAGCAAAGCCAUAGCCAUCUCGACCAACGGCACGUCAUUAUGCUCGAGAACGCCUUCUAUCAGUGUAACCCGCCAGAACGCGUCGCCCGCGAGAUCGUGGAGCUCCCACCCAUGCAGGCGUUCAUCCAGCAUCUCUUGUACGAGGUGCUGAUGAAGCGGACGCAGGACAAGGUGUUCAAGCUCCUCCGCAAGCUCCACUGGGAGGACGAGGAAACAUUCGAGUUCAUUCUCAAGUCAUUCACGGACGUCUGGGAGCUCAAGUAUGAGAACAUUGGUCUGCUCGCCGGGCUCGUCUACGACCUGCAGCGCUACCACCCCGACUUCUCCGUCGCGGUUGUCGAUCAGGUCAUGGAGGAUGUCCGCAUUGGAAUGGAGGACAACAUCUUCAAGUUCAACCAGCGCCGUAUCGCCUCCAUCAAGUUCCUCGGAGAGCUGUACAUGUACCGCGUGGUCAACUCGUCCGUGGUUUUCGACGUCCUGUGGUCACUGCUCUCCUUUGGUCACCCCGAGGGACUUCCCGUGCCAGGUCGCGACAGCCCCAUUGACUCUGCGAGCGACUUCUUCCGCGUCCGCCUCGCCUGUGCCAUUCUCGACACCUGUGGCAUCUGCUUCGCAAAGGGCUCGUUAAGGCGCAAGCUCGACCAGUACCUGGUCGUCCUUCAGCUAUACGCACUCUGCAAGACGGACAUGCCCCCCGACGUCGAGUUUAUGCUGGACGACAUCAUCGAGGCUCUGCGUCCCAAGGGCCGCCCGAAGGGUGUCAAGGAUGGCAACCAGGUGUGGCGCCUGAGAACCUUUGAGGAGGCAGCCGCGACUGUCGACGAGAUUCUUGCCACCAAUGUUACUAGUGGUAACGAGAGCGACGAUGACGAUGAGAGCGAGGAUGGCGACGGGCGUAUUGCCCGCAUCGACGACGAUGAUGGCGAGGCUACCGCGGCUCAGAACGCUCGUGUGGAUGAUGACGACGACGACGAGAAGGACUCGGACGACGAAGACGACGACGACGUUGUCGUCUUACGCGAGCCCAAGCGUGACGAGUUUGAUGAGCAGGCCGAAGCAGCCUUCGACCGCGACUUUGCACGCAUGAUCGCCGACACGACAGUCGAGCGCAAGGCUGCCCCGCCGGUCUUCGACCAGGCCGUCCCCAUGUUCCGCAAGCGUCAGCCCGGUGGCGGGGCGCACGGCAAAGCGGCUGCCAGCGACGAUAACAUGCAGUUCAUGCUGCUGUCCAAGAAGGGCAACAAGCCGCAAGUCCGCUCCGUCGACAUUCCCGUCGACUCGACGUUUGCCAGCAACGUCCGCACGCACCAGCUCGCCAGCAAGGCCGAGCAGGAGCAGCUCAAGCGGCUAGUGCUGCAAAACGAGCAGCGCCAGGAGAACGAGGGCCUUUUGGCUGUGCAGCAGUCGAUGCGCAACCGUGGCAUCAAUGUGCGCGUCCUCAACUCGGGCUAAGCAGCUGUGACACACUCGGGACUCUCAACCUCGCGAGCAAUGCGCUGUUACCGGCAACAAGCUUUGCUGCCAUUCAGUCGGCUGAUGCGACAGACGGGCUGGCACCAGUGGCCAUACGCAGACCACACUGUAGGCGGUACUGCACCACGUCGAGGCAUCAUGGCCAUUCAUGCACUAUGUAAGCUCUGUGAUGUUACACCUGGUAUCCACACGCGCGCAGGCGCUGCGCUCCGCGAGGACCAGUGAGUCUGGCGGCGGUCUGUACCCUGGCAUGCACCUCGGCUUCGGGAGCAGGCUCCACGCUGGUGGGGUUGUCGAGGUCGUGCUCGACGACGCGGCGGAGGAGGGCAUCCUGCGCCGAGCUGAGAAUGACGACGAGGAGCUGCACGCGCGUGCUCUCGCGAGCCUCCUCUGUACCCUUCCAGAACAGGCCGGCGAGGUGGUGCACUGCGACGUGGAAGAGGAACGGGGAGCGCUGCUCGCCCACGCUUGUGGAGAGCGCGCGCGCAUACCCAUGCAGCACGUCGCGCUCCGUCUCGAGCGGGGUGAAGUAGACACUGGCCACAGACGCCUCGAGCGGCGCCUCAUUGUCGAGCACGCGGAUACUGCGCAGGGAAUCGGGCUGCUCGGCCCAGAACAGGCGGCGGUAGUCAACCGGGUAGGUCAUCGCCAGGGGCGGGAGGAGCGUGCGCGCAAAGAGGUUGUCCCCGAAUGACACCGACUCGAAGAGCGCCAGGAGGUCGGUGUAGAACUGGAAGAAGGGCACCCCUUCGCCGAGGAAACGCAGGGCGGCGCCUUCGAGGGGUGCCGCGCCGGGUGCGGGCGCGAGGUGGCUUGGGACGGACACGGCGUCGAGGAUGGCCUUGAGCGAGUCGGCGACUGCCGUGUCGCGGAACACGUCGGCGACCUGGUUCGGCGCGUCCUGCUGCCCGUGCUCGAGCAUGAAGACCUUCAUGACGUUGAGGAUGGUGAGCGAGCGGUUCUCGGACGGCGACGCGGCGGCACGGAGGCGCGCGAGGGCAAGCGUCGCGCGCGUGAGCUGCACCUCGUUGGCGUCCCAGUCUGAAGGGGCGAGCGCGAAUGCGCUCGAGCUGCCCGACGCCAGGAGCU